AAGUAAAUAAAACCAAGAAUACAUUUACUCAUCGCUAUCUUUGAUGAAUAAUGGCUAGUAGUAGUAGUAAAACAUGUACGACUCUCGGUACAGCUGAUGAUUUUGAGGGAAAAGAUUGUGGGGAUUACAGGAUUCACAAAUACAUUGGUAAAGGCACUUUCGGGAAAGUGUAUGUCGCAACUAAUAAUAAAGCAAAGGUCAGAGGGGGAGACACAUUUACCCCUACUAGCUUAGCCAUUAAAUGUAUCAACCUUGGCGCAGCUAAUGUCAAUUCAACACAAAAGAGAUGGUUAGACAGGGAAAUAAGCAUACUGAAUGAUCCGGAUCUGAAGAAACACCCUAACAUUGUCAGAUAUGUGGAAUAUUUCACACAUGAAAACUUUCUGUGUAUUGUUAUGGACUACUAUGAAGGGGGAAACCUCUUUGCUUACAUUAGAAAAAAGAAAUCAGUUCCCGAAUCAACCUUUAUGGAGUAUUUAGAACAACUUUCGAAUGGCCUAGAGUUCCUCCAUAGUAAGAGCAUACUUCACCGAGACGUUAAAACGAAAAACAUACUCUUGACUGCUCACAACGACCUCAAGUUAGCAGAUUUUGGUGUUGCAAGAAAAAUAGAACAAGUCGAUAUGAAGCUGACAAAAUUAGUUGGAACACCAAAUUGUAUGAGUCCCGAGGUUUUAAAGAGAGAAACAUACGAUUUUAAGACUGAUAUAUGGAGUCUUGGUUGUGUGUGCUUUGAAAUGGGUUAUGGAGACUAUGCUUUUCCUGGUUCAACUGUUAGCGCCAUUACGAAAAAAGUAACUACUAAAGAGUUGCCUGAUUUUGACCGUCUUCAGUAUUGCGAUCCAAUCAAAAACAUGAUACGGAAGAUGUUACAAUUUGAACCAGCCGACAGACCUUCAGCAUCUGAAAUAAAAAUAUUUAUUACAGAACAAAAACCAAAGACCAGUUUUAAUGUGUCGAACAUUUCACAACAAAUGACCAAGUCAUCGCUAAAUGAUUCUGGAAUAGUCACAUCAGAAAGACGAAGAAGUCAAAGAACAUCUGAAAGCUGCGAAGAAAGUGCAGUUUCAGCGUUAGGCAGUACAAUAUCAGAAAAUGCGGGAUUGCAGAGGCAGUCGGCCAAUAUGCAGGCGAAAAUUGUAAAAAUGAUUGGAGACCACAAAGCUACUAAAAAGUUAGAGAGAAUUAUGAGGUUCUUCAACAAAAAUCCUACUGAUUAUCCAGGACUUGAGGCGAAAGUAAAAGACGUUGUUGGAGUGGGUUUACAUAAUAAGAUCUUACCGUUUGUGUUUGCAUUGAAAGGAAUGGAAGAAGGUAUAAAGAGAAUACCAGGACUAGCAGAAGACGAAGAUGACAUGUUCUCAACAGCACACGAGACAGCGGAUAAUACUUAAUAAUCAUGUUUUAUUUCAAAAUCAUAUGGUUUUUUUUCAAACUCUGAAAUAUGUCCUGAAUACAAAAAAAUCUACAUGGAUUACUCAAUGAAUCAAAUUUCAACGUCUUUUAUCUGGAUUAAUCAGAUAUCAUGUUUAAUAUAGGGACUGUAUCAUUGUUGUCUUAACUUAUUCGAGCAGAAGAUUUGAACCAAUAAUGAAUUAACCACGAGUUGACGUCUUUUUAUUGUGUAGAAUUCGUCGAAUUGUUUUUCUAUUUUAUAACUAUUGUUAAUGACAUAGCCAAACUUUUUACUUUUACCUUCCUUUGUGGGUUUAUAAUGCAUGCACAUAUUAAACUUCCAUGAUUAUAUAUAAUUAUAAUUUUAAUUCGUGAAUUUCAAUAUUAGAAAUAUGUUUGAGGUUUGAUCUUUCAGUUAUAGGGUAUUACCAACAAUCUAGUGGCAUUGUGUUUCUAUUUAUGUUUAUACAUCAAACCAUUUUAUUAUAGUAUUAUAUUACUCUAUCUUUUUAUCAACAUACUCAUAAUUAUUAUUUCUGGUGCUAUACAUAAUAUGUAUCCGUCCAUACCAGGAAACAGUAUUUUGUAGUGUUAAGACCUUAAUUAUAAUUUAUAUAUUAUGGUUUGUAAGAAUCAAAUCAAUGUUUCAUUCACAUCCAUAUUAGUUGUAUCUUCUGACAAUAUCAUUCCUUCCUAUAAAAUGUUGGUAUUGUAACGGAAGGACAUUCGAGGAAUAUUGUAUUUUUUGUUUUUUUCAAGUUCGACUCAAGCUCGAAACUAUAUGU